AUGGACCUACCUUUAGAGUUCGAACAGGUAUUGGCGAAUUUCACCACACUGGACAGGAAGCAGCGAAACACGUUUUUGAACGCUAUCCUCGAUCGGUGUGAUCCAUAUGACUUCUACAUACUCCAACAAAAACUACAGCGAAUAGGGUUAAGUGGCUUUGAUCUUGUUGGAGCAUUACCGCACGAAUUGUCAGUGAAGAUAUUUAUUCAGUUGGAAGCAAGAGAUAUAUGUGCUUGCAGAAAGGUCAGCAAAUUGUGGUGUAAUUUAACAAAAGACUGGACUAUCUGGCGCAACAAAUACGAAAGUCUUGCUGAUGGAGUCCCAUCUCCAACGAAAGACAUUCCCAACGAAGAGUGGGAGACUGUCUACCGCAAGCUUUACCGUAGGGAAAUAAACUGGCAUAAAGGACAGGUCAAAUACAUCAAACUACUAAAAGGUCAUAAUGCUCGCAUAAGCGAUGUGAGAUUGAAAGACGAUAUCCUCGUCACUGCGUCAGCCGACCGCACUGUAAGAAUUUGGGAUUUAGAAACUGGACUUUGUAAACGAGUAUUGAUGGGUAAUUCGUUCAGCUGUGUGGACUUUUUACCAAAAGAAAAAAUUGUGGCUGCGUCGACCUUUUUCCGUUCAUCAUUUGUUUGGAAUAUGGAAACUGGAGAGCUUAUAAGAGAAUUAUGCGGUCAUGUGAGCGCAGUUAGGUGUAUUAGUCUCAACAAAACGUAUGUAGCUUCAUGUGCAUUCGACGGAAGCUUGAUCGUAUGGAAUUGGACAACGGGGGAGAAAGUAGUUACUAUAUCAGCCGAUGCCAAUGAUUUCCACAUGUUGGAAACCGCUCUGGUAACUCACAGCACCAACGAAAUCAAAGUAUAUGCUCUGCCCACCGGCGACUUGCUCUACUCAACUCCAUUUGAUAAAGGUAUUGUGGCCUGGGCGUACAUCAAAAAUUACUUGUCAACUGAUCUCGAGUCUGUUCUCGAUUUCCUCCAACCAUCGAUACCCCUUCCACCUGGAGUUUCAAACGUGAACGGACGCUCGCCGCGCGUAUAUGCGUUUGACUCAAAAAAAGGACGAAUGGUGCGUCCGACCAAUGGAUAUCCAACACCAAACAUGUUGAAUUUGACGCUUUUGGACGAGCAGGCAAGAUCAAAAAAUCUACGCUAUCCGACGAACGCGAAGGGUGAAAGCUUUAAAGAUUUUACAGCUUUGACUAUGGACCGUGCACAUGUCGUUGUCGGAUGUUUCAAUGGAUUAGUGGUCGCUUUAGGAUUUCAGGGAGAUUGA